GUUGUUAGAACAGAGCCUCAUUCGCCGAUGUUGGGUCACCUAUAGGUGUUACAUUUGGAAUACAACAACAAAGAUGGGGGCAAAGCAGAGCACCCUGGCAGAGAAAGGCUAUGUACUACAAAAACAAACAGAAAAUGGUUCUGUUGUUGCCACAAAGGGAGAUGACACAUUUCUCAUUAAAAAGAUCAAUUUAGAUCAGACUACCGGAAAUGCUGAGCCAGCAUUAACCUCAGAAGAAAUCAUAGACAUCCUCAAGACAACAAGCCAUCCUCACAUUGUGAACAGCAAAAACUCUUUCAAAGAUCAGCAUACUUACUAUGUUGUGAUGGACUACUGUCAGGGAGGGAGCCUUGCUGCAAAGAUCGCAGAGAUGAGUGACUCUCUGAAGGAGUUUGAGGUACUGAGCUGGAUUGUUGAGAUCUGUAUGGCUUUGAGAACCAUUGAUGAAAAAGGCUUGCUUCACAAACAUCUGACACCAGAGAACAUACUCCUCACAGAAUUUGGUAAAGUGUGCCUGGACGGAUUUGGACAAAUCGAUAAAAAUUCAAAAAACCCUGCAGCAAAUCUGGGGGAAAAUAUGAAUUAUCUGCCACCGGAAGUCUUCGUAAAUGGGACCUAUGAUGCUAAAAGUGACAUUUGGUCAGUGGGUUGCAUUCUCUAUGAGCUCUGUACUCGACAAUUGGCAUUCUCAGCAGAGACUACGAUCAAGCUCAUGCCCAAGAUACUUAAUGGUCCUAACCCAUCUCUCACAGAGCCAUUUUCACCAGAGCUUUGUGAACUAUUGAAUUAUAUAUUAAAUAGAGACCCUCAAUCAAGACCAACAGCCAGUGAGAUCCUGGAGCGUCCUUUUAUUGUAAACCAUCUCUCAGAAAAGUGCAUAACAACUGUGAAGGAACUCCAGACCAAGUUGGACAAGCUAAGGGAAGUGGCUGACGGUUUGGUACGUGUGCAUGAAGGUACCACCAUCGGCAGUCUGGCAGGAGGAGUAAUUGGAGCGGUGGGAGGGAUUACAUCCAUAGUGGGCCUUGUACUGGCUCCCUUCACUUUGGGAGCCUCUCUUAUUGUCACUGGGGUUGGAGUAGGAGUGGGGGUGGCUGGUGGGGUCACUGCUGGUGCCUCGAAUAUCACUAAUAUGGUCAACCAGUCUUCUGAUCGCAAAGCUGUUCGAAGCAUCAUAAAAGAGCUUGAACAGAAAAUUAAUGCAGUUGCCACCUGGCUCCAAGAGAUUAGCUACAGAUUACAGACAACCAGGAGCAGAUGUGACUCAGUUGACAUAACUGACAAUAUGGAUAGUGAGGUAAAGUUUGGCUGCAGGGCAGGGAAGUGCCUGGGUGGCAUUUCUGAAGCAGUGCGACUAGGUAGAGUGCUGACCAUCGGCAAGACUGCAGCACAAACAUCCAGGGUAGUACGCCUGGCAGAGGUAGCAACAGGUGUGUUCUCUGGCUUAUUUGUGGCAGUGGAUCUCUUCUUUAUUGCCAUGGAUGCAAAAGAGUUACACCACAUCAGACAGGCAAAGGACCAGCCUUCCCAAAAUACCACUCCAAUCAGAUCUGAGAUCAUGAAAUUUGUUCAUUCAAUCAGGCAGGCAGCAGACGAGUUGCAGAAAAUCUUGGAUGAGCUGGAAACAAAAUCAGCAGUAGCUUAUGAUGGCGGAUUUGCACCGUAAUAUUUUUUCGUUUGUGUGCUGCUGCGCUUCCAUGUGUGUUUGUAACAAGCAUAGUGUCCGCGUGCUGUGCACAAGCCUAAACGCAUUUUACUAAUUUGCUGGUAAAAUAACAAUGAAAUGCUGCGCUAUUGACUUUAGAAAGGUUUUUGUUGGUCAAUGGUGCGAUCUCUUCCCGCUGCCUCAGGAUAGUAAUACGCCAAGAAUUCACCUGAACACACCAUGGGCGCGGACAGGAAAUUGACAACUGCGUCGGUCUUAAACUAGCAAAGACACUUGCGUCGGACAUUGCGCUGUGCCGGGUGCAAGAUAGGGCCCCAAAUUGUUGUACAACGCUACAUCACACUUGGGUGUCAAAAGUCAGACUACACCUGACCACAAUUAAAUCUCAUAGUUGUUAAGGUCCGAAAUGUAACAAGAGGCAUUUUUACCCAGAGAAGUCACUUAAGCAAUAAUGAUCAUCUCUAAGAAGUGUAAAGUUGCUUUUUAAAUAUGCAGUGUGCAAAACUAGUUGUCUCAUACACAGACCCUUUGUAACCCUCGAUAUUAAAUCAAGUGAAUUUUUUGUAAAAAUCUUUCUUUAUUAAAUCAAUAAAAAAGUCUGUAAUCAUUGUCAAUACUAUGAAUAAUACCGUAAUCUAUAAAUGAGAACUUGACGUUGUUAAUUCACUUCUAUUAUCAGGCUGGGUCACUUUUAAAAUAACUCUCAUGACUAACAGGUCUGACUAAUAACAUGUCUUGGUCACAUUAAUAACUUUCUUUAUUACACAGCCUUGUUAAAUACUUGAUUGUGAUUGGCUAAUCACAGCAUUCUAUUGUCUGUUAUUUUUGAAUAACAGACUGUUGCUAAGUAUAACAGAACGUUGCCAUGGACGGAGUUCUGAUCACAGACUCAGGAGGACCAUUUUUAAAUCAAUGCAACUGUUUUUAAAUUAAUAUUUAUGCUGAUACGGACCUCAUUCUGCUGAUCAAUGGAUCAUAAAGGGAGAGAGAGGGCGGAGGAAACGGGGAGCGCUAACAGUGCUAAUGACAAAAGUGGUUAGCAACAUGUUUAGCUCACUCACCGAGGAGACCUGGCUUCCACCGGAGAUUCUAGCUCAUCAGCAGUAAAGCUAUCCUUCCGGACAACCUUACUCAGUUACCGUAUGCAUACUGUAUCGUAAUGAUUUUUAGCUUUACACUUGAUUUGAUUGUCAAUAACAAUUAUAUUCAUGAUAUUACUCAUUAAAGAAAUGUUGAAUGUUAAUUUUAAGGGUAAAUAAUGUAUUUCUGUUUCAUGAUGUUUCACAUUCUAGCAACCUGUAAAAGAGGAAAUUUAUAGUUAAAGCUAUAGUGCGUAGUUUCUGUCUCCCCCAUGAGGAAUUCUAAGUAAUUCCAACAAAAAUGUUGCAUCCACAUGACACAAGCCUUCCAUGAUAGCGCAUCACCCCCACCCCUCCUCCAUGCAGCUGCUUGUAGCCAAACAGGACACGGAGGACUAAAAAAAACAUGAUGGACUCUUCAGAAGAUGUAAUUAUCUUCACUCGAGCUUCUGCUCGCGAAAAUUGCCGGACUACACCAUUUUAUAAACGUAGCCAUACGGUGAAAUACAGAGAGAGGUUUGUGGAGCUGAUAUGCUUAAUUAGCUUUGUAUCAACUCAUAUAUGGCAAUGGCUUGAAUGUAACAGACGUUCAUUAUUAUAGCAAAGCUACGCACUAAAGCUUUACAGUAAAUGUGUAUAAAUCUUUCUGCCACUUGAUAACAAGUUUGUAUGUCAAUGGUUGCUAGACAUCUAAACAUUGAGUUUAUCCUUUUCAUCUUGUUUUCAUUAUUUGUUAUAACAUUGUUAAUUUUUUAAUUGCAGUCAAAGCCCCUAUUUUCUUUUAUUUUGAGGUUAGCAUCAAAAUGGACACUGUGUCACAUCACAAUGCAUUUGACGCAUUGCAUCAUACUCUGAAAACCACGCCCACUGGAGGGGAAAACAACUGGUGCCACAAUAUGCUACUAAGGGCUGAAACACUAUCAAAGUGCCUGUAGCUAGCUUUAAACAUUACAUGUCAAAUAAAUAUUUUACCACCCCUUGUCUACCAGAGAGGACAGUUAGCUGUUAAUGUUAGCUACGUGUUAGCAAGCUAAGACACUUGCAAACAUAAUGCUGCAUAGCUUUCUGAUGUAUCCACAUUCCACUAUAACACAAGUUGCAUACUGUCAAAAUGUUUAACAUACAGAAAUAUUUGGAUAAUUGCCUUUGUAACAAAAGCUGCUUACUGCAAAGGUAACGUUGGGCAUAACGUCAGUGUCUUCCCAUUCUUCCUGCAGAUUCCUCAUGGCUGUAUCCACUUUUGUUUUUCUAAAAGCUACAUUUUUCGGUUCGACAGCUUAGAAAAACUAAGUGAUGGGUUAUUUCCAAUGCUGGUAACGCAUCCAAUCACACAGUAGCUUUUAGGCAUUUUUCUGUUGUUUGCUAGCAGACGGAAUUGACGAGGAGGUACCUUAACGCAAUACAAGUCCAAGGAGAGCAGAGAAUUGUUUUCCCCUCCGGUGGGGACGGGACUUCAAUGCGCUCUGUCUUAAUGACUUAAAUGCCAUCGCAAUAAGAUGAUUUCAUCACAUUUAUAUGCUACAAAAGGGGUUUUAACUGCAGUUAAAAACAGAUGCUUAUGAGUCAUGUGCCAAGUUUAAUUUUAUCUUUGUAGUUUUAGAUAAUUUUGUAUAAACAUGAGGACAGGCUGCUGGAUCUCCUACAUUAAACUGUAAGCUUGUGACAUAUAAAUGAAUUUAUAAUGCUGUUAACAUCUAUGCCGACGAAGAAUAAAUGCAAGUUGUAUCAAGAA